AUGUCGUCACCGUCGUCGUUACCGUGCGUUGUUGAAAAGUGUGAGCUAGCGUCUCUUGCUUUGUGUCAGUGUUGUAGACAGAAUUUAUGCAUCGAUCACUUGAAUGAACAUGCUAACCAACGCAAUGAUAAGCUUCUUCCAUUUAUUGAUAAGGUCAAUUGUUUAUUGAAUCGUUUCAGUACUUUUUAUGAUGGUGAACAUUCCGGUCUUAAACAACUUGAUGAAUGGAAACAAACAGCUUAUAAAAAGGUCGAUGAUUUUUAUGAAAAGAAACGCCGAGAGAUUAUCGAUGAAACAACUGAUAUACAACGAGAACAGCUAAAUGAGAUGAAUAAUAAAUUAAAAGAAUUAAUUAGAAUAAAAGGUGGUACAAAACAAGACUUUGAUACAUUUUCAGAAAAUAUGCGUUCAAUGGAGCAACAUCUUGAUAGACUUCAACAAAUUAAAAUUAAUCUUCCUUCAUUUACAAUUGAUGAUAAUAGUAUUUCUCAAGCUUCACCGCAACAAGAUAAUUUAAUUGAGAAAAUUGUAAACAAGUCGAAUAGAUCUCCAGAACAUACAAAGCAAAGAUCAGGAAAGUUGCCAGAUAAAAAGAAAUCAUCUGAUAAAUCUUCCAAGAAAAAGAAAAGAUCAUCGAGACAUUCUGAUGAUUCAUCUGAUAGAUCUUCACGUCAUAAAAGUAGAUCACCUCAUGAUCGGUCCGAGUCUUUGAAGAAAAAACGCGAUAAAUCCCCGAAGUCAAGCUCACCACAGUCAUCCAACGGUGUAAAAAAAAGUUGUAAAGAUUGUAAUGAUUGUCGUUUCUAUCAAGAUCGAUUUGGACCUGGUUUCAUGGAUUCUUUUGGUCCAUGUAAGUGCGAUUGCCAUACAUGGGCAUACACUCAAUGA